UUGACGAAGAUGUUCUUACGAUAAUAUGUUAUUACUUAUUACUCAUAUAUAUGCUAUUAGUUAAAAGACAAUAUUUCCGAUUUUAUCCGAUUGAUAUUUAUUAUAUGUAUUCAGUUUAUUAACCUUUAUAUCGUAAUUACUUUACAUCUCACACUACCUUAUCCCCCCAACCAUCGUCAGUAAUUUAUAUAGGUUUUCUGUGCCAUUUUACGAAUUUCGCUGUCAGUAUUCGAUACACGAGCCUGCUGAGCUGUUAGUUUUAUGUGCGUUAUUUGCGUUGAUACAAAUAUAUCUGAUCAUUAAUUUUUUAUACAGUUUUUGUAUUUAUAAAUAGCACUUUUAAUAGAGUUUAAAGGAUAAAACAGAUUACGAUGGUUUCGAAUGUAACUGACUUUUACAACGGCAAAACUAUAUUUCUUACCGGAGGUUCUGGUUUUCUCGGUGUUAGUUUAAUCGAGAAAUUACUACGAUCAUUUCCUGAUUUAAAAAAUAUUUAUCUACUGCUACGACCAAAGAAGGGAAAACAAAUAGAGGAAAGAUUAGAAGAAUUGAAGAAGAAUUCGGUGUUUGACAGACUAAGAGAAGAAAAUAAGACUCAUCUUUUCGAAAAAUUAAUUGCUAUUGGAGGUGAUGUAGGACAAGAAAAUUUAGGAUUAUCAUCUGCAGAUAGAUUGACUCUGGUUGGAGAAGUGGAAAUUGUUUUUCAUUCUGCAGCAACAUUAGAUUUUGAAGCUGAUUUAAAAACUACCACAAGUAUUAAUUUGCUGGGUACACGCAGAGUUGUAGAACUUUGUCAAGAAAUAAGAGACCUGAAGGCAUUUGUACAUAUUUCUAGUGCAUAUGUCAAUUCUGCAUUAAGCGAAGCAGAUGAACAUGUAUAUCCAGCUCCAUUCGAUGUAAAUGAGCUGCUCAGAUUGGUGGAAAAAUUGGAUGAUGCCUCCUUAAUAGCAGAAACACCAAAUAUAUUGAAGGAUCAUCCAAAUUCAUAUACAUUUACAAAACAUUUAGCUGAACAUGAGGUUAAAAAUGGACGUAUUCCUGCUGCUAUUGUACGUCCUUCCAUGAUAACAGCAGCAUGGAAAGAACCAGUCCCUGGAUGGACGGUAUCAAAAAAUGGUCCACAAGGAUUCUUAAUGGGUGCUGCUAAAGGUGUUGUAAGAAGAUUACCUAUUGGAAAAGAUAUAAUUUAUGAUUACAUUCCAGUGGAUAUUGUUAUAAACAAUAUUAUCACUGCAGCGUAUGCCGUUGAUCGAGAUGGGGGAAAAGAAUUAAAAGUGUAUCAUUGUACAUCUAGUACAGUUAAUCCAUUUCGAUGGACGACUAUAAAUCACAAAAUAAAUCAUUAUUUACAUUCAUUCCCGUUGUUAAGUGCAAUUUGGUAUCCACAUAUUAAGUUAGUGUCUACAAUUUUCUGGUUCAGGCUUUCAGCAUUCUUUGUACAUAUGAUUCCUGCAUAUAUUUUGGAUGCUGUUACGAUUAUAACAGGAGGACGACCAAUAUUAGUACGAUUGCAUAAGAAUGUUAAUGGUUCAUUGGGGCGUUUACACAAAUUUAUUUUUACGGAAUGGAAGUUUCAUAACCCUCGUAUGAUUGAAUUAUAUAAUUCACUAUCAGAGACUGAUAAAAAACUCUUCAACAUGGAUAUUAAACCACUAGUGUGGGAAGAUUACUUUGCCAAUUUGACACAGGGUGUCAGGACAUAUUUAAAUAAGGAAUCUCCGAAAACAUUGGCCAAAGCACGUUCUAAAGACAAAGUCCUACUCGUCGCUCAUUUGGCUUUACAAGGUGGACUAUUAGGACUUGUCUGGUGGUUGGUUAAAUGUUUAACUGGUAGCACAUGGGUCAAGACUGGUUUAGUUGUUCCAAUUACGUAUCUCAUUUUUGAUCUGCUAUAAAUGAAAUGUUCGAUUCCAAACAAAAUUGCAUUUUUACGAAUUACACUUGAUGAAUUGCAUUAUUUCCAUAUUCAAACAUGACAAACCGAAAGAAAUUGUUUUUUAGUGCAAUUCAUCAAGAAGCAAACUUUAUAUAUUUCCAUACAUUUUAUUUUUAAAAUGGUGUUGGGAAGUAAAGCUGCUUAAAUAUUAUUACAGAAUCUUUUAUUUUUUUCUAGUACUGUAAUAUGCAAUUAUACUUUGUAUUAGAGUUAUAACAUAUAUUUGUAGUUUCAACUAAGGGUUAAAAAGUUUUUUUUAAACUUUAUAAUAUCUAUUUUCUUUUCUCCUUUUGUAUAAGAAGUUUAUUAAAAUGGUAAUCGUU